GGAAGGGAUAGGAGGGAGGGGAUGAAGGCAGUGCUGUACAUGGUGGUAGUGCAUGUAAUAGUUGCAGGAAUGAACAUCCUCUACAAGCUUUCCGCAGAUGGAGGUCGAAUGAGCCUUCGCGUCCUUGUAGCUUACCGGUACAUGUUCGGAGCUGCCUUCCUCUGCCCUCUUGCCUUCUUCUUGGAGAGGAAGACCCGGACAAGGCUUACAUGUUUUAUACUUGGCCAGGCCUUCUGUUGUGCAACUUUUGGGGCAUCGCUCAACCAAAAUCUCUACAUUGCCGCUUUGAAAAUGACUUCAGCUACAUUGGCCGUUGCAAUGACCAACCUCCUCCCUGCUUUCACAUUCAUUUUGGCCAUCAUGUUCCGAUUAGAGAGGCUGGAGAUUAGGUCUUCAAGAAGCCAGUCUAAGGUAUUGGGGACAGCAGUAGGCGUGUGUGGAGCCAUGCUACUGACCUUCUAUCAUGGUGCAAAGCUCCAGCUGUGGUCAUUCCACACCCACCUACCGCACCAUCACCCCAACCAACAUCAGUCCGGCAACCAAGUACUGGGCUCAAUGCUGGCCAUGGCAAACACAUUGAGCUAUGCUACAUGGCUUAUAAUCCAGGCUAAGAUGAGCAAGAGAUAUCCGCACCCUUACUCGAGCUCAGCCCUCUUGAACCUGUUUGCAGCCAUUCAAUCUACAUGUGUUGCUGCUAUCACAGAUUGGGAUCCAUCUGCAUGGGAGCUUCGUUGGGAUGUUAACCUUUUGACGAUCAUCUACACGGGCAUACUGGUAUCAGGUUUGGUUGUGGCUCUCAUGUCAUGGGCUAUUCAGAUGAGAGGACCACUGUUUGUCUCAGCUUUCAACCCCUUGUCCCUUGUCAUUGUUGCCUUUUUUGGGUCCAUAUUUCUUGAUGAGGCUCUUCAUCUAGGAAGUGUGGUUGGUGCUGGAUUGAUCAUCUUGGGACUGUACACUGUGCUGUGGGGCAAAGGGAAAGAGGUGAAGGAACUUGUCCAGCUUCAGGCACACAGAUCUGCUGGAGAAGCAACUAAACUGGAUUCAGAUGGGUUGCACUCGAACCCGGCAGGUGCAGGCAUUGGUGCAAAUCAAGUGCCAGAGCACAGCAUAAAAGAAGAUCAGAUAGACAGUGUUCAGUUGUAGCUAAUUGAGUCAGGAGCAUGCAGCUCUCACAGCCAGUUUUUCCAUGCACUUAAGAAGAGUCCUGCAUUAAGCACUAGCAUGUAAGGAAAGUGAUGCUAAACAAGGGUUAUAAAUGAGCCAAUAUCUUGUUUGCAAUCACAUAUA